CAAGCAUGCUGCACACAGGAGCAUCUGAGUUCUCCUGAAGUUCUCCUUCAAAGAGAGCAACAGUCAGUAUGUCAGUACUCUGAGGAUGUUUGUCUACAGAGGUUGAAUUGACAUGAAUUCAUCUUUGAUCAGUUUUUAUCUUCACAUUCCUCCCUCUGCUUCUCCAGCAGCAAGAUCUUUUAUUCAAUUAUGAUGCUCUGCAACAUGAAGACGUGUCUGACUUUGCUAUGGGGAGUACCUCUUUUGUUUUCUGUGGAGACAAAGAAUGCUUCCAUCCCAGAAACACAUAGUAGCAACACAAUCACUGAACCAAACAGGACAACCCACGAGCUAACCAGUUCACACUUAUUACACAGUGAAACAGCGACUCAGCCUGCAAGCUGGGAUCCAACCCACAAACCUGCAGAGGUUAGUGUUGCUGCAACAGCAGAAACCCCUGUGUCACCCACAGUGGAGACUCAAGAGACAACAGUGAGAAGCAAAAGUAACAGCUCAAACAGCAGCACAGCUGGUCUGGGUGCUGUGAACACUGUAGCAGCAACUGUGAGCAGCGCAGGUCCACGACUGCUUCAUGCCAUCACAACUGCAAGUGAAACGCAACCUUCCCACAAUACAGAGGUGUCAGAAACAGCAAGACCUACAGGGGACCAACAAUCACCCACCACUUCUACUAACAUCACUGCUCCUGCAGCAAUUUUUGCAGCAUCUUCAGCAACUGUGUCUUCACCAAAACCCACAUCCAUCACUGAACCUGAAGUUACAUCUGCGUUAUCUUCUACCUCUUCUAAUAAUUUGACUCAGGUUCCGCACUUCAUACAGAACCUCAACACGACCACGGUGACAACAAACCCUACCUCUGAGGCAGCACCUACGACUGACCCCACUUCUUUACCUGUCAUAAUAACUGAGACAUCCACCACCAGCACUGAGCUUUCAUCUAUAUUUCACCCUAUUUCUGGCACAAGAAGCCACAUCUCCACAUCACAGUUUCCUAACACAAAAGGGUCGAAUUCUGACACUGAGUCGUCCGCUAUCUCAGUCUCAACUGAUUCUUCCAGCUCCGCCACCUCCAUCUCCGCCAGUCCUCCAGGAAUCUUGAACCCUCGUGGUCCCAAAACAUCACCAGUUCCAACAGCCAAAUCAACCACAGGAACUACAACUACAGCAGCACCUUGUGAAGUCUCAAGGAGCCCAACCAGUACUGAGGGCCAGCUCUGCUCCACCAGGGGCGUGGUGAAGCACUGCCUCAUUGUCAUCGCUUCGCUUGCAGGGUUAGCCACCAUUUUCAUGGUUUCUACCAUUGUCCUCUGUGCCAAGCUGUCAUCAAGGAAGUAUAAGCUCAAGAAACCUCAGCAGGCCACUGAGAUGAUGUGCAUCUCUGCCCUGCUGCCCGAGAGGAAUUACUCUUAUGCAAGGCAACGCAAUCCAGUUACUAACGGAGUCCGGGUGAUCCUCACUGGUGAAGACAGUGAUGAGGAAGGAGGAGAUAACCUCACGCUCAGCAGCUUUCUUCCAGAAAGUGACCGUAUUGUUUAGAUGGAUUUAUUAAUACUGACAAGUUUUCAGACCUCAAACUGGACUGAUAUGUCUGAUGUCAGUGAUGUGGAAACAGUUGUUUGAAUAAACUAAUGCUUCCUCUUUGAUAUUGAUAGGUUAGCUUCGGUGCACAAGCUAUUUCUGUGCAGGAAGAGACACAGAAACCACACAAACAUAAUGGUAUUUGGCAUUUGUUGAGGUCAGGACAUCAAAUGUAUAUUUUAAGCAAAAAUAAAGACAUUUUGCAUAACUGUACUCCUUCUUACCACUGGAAAUGUAAGUCAGGAUGAGGACACUGAUCAAAGAUUAUUUUUUUUAACAUCCUGAGCUGAGCCCUGAUGGUGUUUCACUUAGCAACGGGAGACAGGAAGGCUUGUUUUGUCAAGGGAUUACUGUUCUUUGCAGACACUGUUCAGCUUAUAAAUGCUAUUCUGGAAGCUAAUUGUAUAAAUGGAGUAUUUUGAUUGAUAAUAAACUUUGUCACUAGUUAGUGUAUGUGGGUGUAGAGAUGCUUUGUUUCCAUAUCUGGGUAAUUUCUUUAACAAAUGUAUUAUUUAACAUUAUGCUUUUUUUUUUUACAGGUUUGUUAUUGCUUCAUAAUUUCUUGCAGCUUUCUUAGAAAGAUCGAUGCCACAAACACAAUAUUCAGAGACCUUUAAUUAGUUGUGUUGAUUUUAAAAGCAGUCCUUGAAUGACCUGCUCCAUUUAAACCAAAGAAAACAUUUACUCAAAAGCAGCUUAGGUUUCACUUGUUUGGCAUUUAAUUAGAAUUGAUUGAUUGUUUAACAAUCACAUGGUGUAUUUUACCUAUAAUUUCU